GUGAGCAGAACAGGAGGCACACCUGUUGGGCAGGUGAGUUGUGAAUUGGGAUACAAAAGAGUGGUAACCGACAAAAAGGAUUUUCAUCGAGUGGCUGCGGUAAUUCAAGGCAAACUGCAAAAAUCUUGUUUGAAAAUGGAGAUUCUUGGUAAACUGCAAGGGUCAAGUCUCAGAAUGGAAAUUGAUGACAUAAAGUCCUCAGCCGCACUCAUGUAUUCAGAGUUCAUCAAAAAUGCAGACAGACGGACGGAGACCUGGUUCCUCAUGUCGUCUCCUCUGCCCCAAACGUUCAUCAUUGCAGCGUACAUUUACUUUGUCACAUCGCUGGGGCCACGGUUAAUGGAGAACCGUAAGGCCUUCGACCUGAAAGGAGUUCUCAUUGUCUACAACUUCAGUGUGGUGGCUCUCUCGCUCUACAUGUGCUACGAGUAUGUGAUGUCAGGAUGGGGAACGGGAUACUCUUUUCGCUGUGACCCAGUCGACUACUCGGAGUCCCCCCAGGGUGUGAGGAUGGCGGCAACAUGCUGGCUCUACUAUUUCUCAAAGUUCAUUGAGAUGUUGGACACCAUCUUCUUUGUUCUGAGGAAGAAGUAUAGCCAGGUGACAUUUCUUCAUGUGUACCAUCACUCAAUCAUGCCAUUCACGUGGUGGUUUGGAGUAUGCUUUUCUGCAGGUGGAAUGGGGACAUUUCACGCCCUGCUUAACUGUAUUGUCCAUGUUGUCAUGUACUCGUACUACGGCCUGACUGCUUUGGGCCCAAACUACCAGAAGUAUCUGUGGUGGAAGAAAUACCUGACUUCCAUUCAGCUGAUCCAGUUUAUGAUGGUGACUACCCACAUCUCCCAGUAUUUCUUCAUCAAGGACUGCACCCACGAGUUCCCCAUCUUUAUCUACAUCAUCGCCUCCUACGGCCUGAUUUUCCUGUUCCUCUUCCUCAACUUCUGGUACCACGCCUACACCAAGGGCAAGAGGCUGCCUAAAGUGCUGCAGAAUCAGACAUGGGCACACCACAGCAACGGAGUUAUGAAUGGAAACGCCAAUCAUGAAAAAGAAGAGUGACGCAGGACUCUGCUUGUUGGGGCUUUCGGGGUUGACCUCAUUUACGUAAGAAAACUUCUGCAGACUGAGAUUCAAACCCAACAUGUUUGGAUUGUAUUUUCUGAUUGGUUUUCUACAUGCUACUGCAAAAGACAAUCUUUGAAUUUUGACAAACUAUAUUUAAGAGGUUUAUUGACUAAAGCUGAAGAGUUUUAUCUUUUAUUUGUGUGUCUACAAAGGAAGGUAAAGCCCAAGUCCUGCUAUGGUAGAUCCCAUAUAUCCCUCCUUUCUGCUACUUUAUGGUUUUAAAAUAAUUUCAAGCGUCCAAAAUCGACUCCACUAUUCACACUUGAAGACUGUGAGACCCUUGACUAUACAGCCAAACUGGGCUUUCUCUAAAGGCUUCUAAUGCUGAGAUCAUUUUAAACUUGUGACUUGAUCUUACUUCUCAGAAUAGACUUCUGUUUUUAGGAAACCAGCUGAGGGUUUUUCUAUUUAAAAGUUGUGCACUAAAGUUGUUUAUUUCACCUGGCCAAAAAAAGUGACAUUGACUGUUCCAAGUCGAUAUAUUUUAAAUGGUGUUCAGGCUACACUUAUCCUGUUAUUCAGGUCCUUGUUAAAUGGUAACACGCGCACACAGAACAGGGUGUUUUUGUUUUGAGGUUAUCACGUAUACAGGCCCACUUCUCUAUGGUUUGAGUCACAACUGCUGCUGAUGGGAAAGACAUUCAGUAAAAAGAGCCAUCUUUGUACAGUGUUUCUUCCCCCGACUAAGUUCUCCUAUGAAGCAAUGAUGUGACAGAGAUGCCAGAGGAAGGCUGAUGGACCACUGUGGUUUUUUUAAGAUCCAGAGCUUGAGCUAGUUGUACUACUUAUUGCAAAAUAACAGUUUUACAUGCACACUGUAUUAAAGGACUGCAUUAUGCAUUACAUGGAUUCACUAUUUAGCCAACCAGUCCGAAAACAUGAGCCUUGCUUGCCUGCUUUGCUUCAUGUGUUGACGUUCUGUGGCUGACGGUCUUCAGAUAGUGCCUUUGGACUGAGGUCAGUACGUUUAUAUUCAGUUAUGAUGAUCUUAAACUAAAGGGAAUGUAACACUGAGCUCACAGGAUUGAACUUGAUGUUGAAAGAGUUCCAACUAAAUUCAGGCGCAAGCCAUGUAACACUAAAGAUUUACAGAUACACGUUGCGUACAAACAUAUUGUUUUGUUUUUUAUAGUUCCUUGUCAGAUCCCCCUCAUAUCAAUAGUUAAUACUGCAUGAUGUGAAAUGUUUAUAAUUUAUAUGUAUUUAUAAGAAAAUAAAUGAUCUAUGUACUUUAA